CCAAUCACCGUUCACCAUCUGUAAGCAUGGCGGCGGACUUCAGAUGGGGAUGUGCUGUGCUCUUGCUCUGUACGUAUUUGAUAUGUAUUUUAGCAACGGACGGUCAAGAUAACAAGCCCAAGAAGAAGAAAGAUAUCCGUGAUUACAAUGAUGCUGAUAUGGCACGGCUUUUGGAAGAAUGGGAGAAAGACGAUGACAUCGAGGAGGGCGACCUCCCUGAGCACAGACGGUCCCCCCCGCCUAUCGACUUUUCCAAGGUGGAUGCUUCCAAGCCUGAGGAGCUGCUGAAGAUGUCCAAGAAGGGAAAAACUCUGAUGGUGUUUGCCACGGUGGCGGGAGAGCCUACGGAGAAGGAAACCGAGGAGGUGACCAGUCUGUGGCAGAGCAGCCUCUUCAAUGCCAAUUUUGACAUCCAGAGGUUCGUGGUGGGCUCCAACCGGGUCAUCUUCAUGCUGCGAGAUGGCAGCUUCGCGUGGGAGGUCAAGGACUUCCUGGUGGCCCAGGAACGCUGCGCCGAGGUCACUGUGGAAGGCCAGGUGUUCCCCGGGAAGGCUGCCAAGAAGGAUGACAGCGCCAAGGCAAAGCAGCAGAACGAAGUGAACACCAAAAAGAAGGGCAAGAAGAAGUCAGAGGGCAAGAAACCCGACCUGGACGGCAACAGAGCGAGUAAAGACAAGGUUGAACUGUGAUUGGCUGACGAUUGAGAGAGCUGGGAUUGGCAGAACAAUCACAAGGCCCGUCCAGACCAGAAACAACACCUAGCUUCUUUCACUUUAGUAUUUGCAGAUCUGAGGCCAAUGGGUAGAAGAAUGCGUCUGACUACUACCUAGCCUUUCAGUCUGGCUUUAUGGAGCUGCCACAGGUCUGCAGACACUGAAGUGGUAGAGGCUAGGGGAAGGGACUUGGAGAGAGGUUCAACGGUGACACAGCACAAGACUGUUUUGUGGUACUGUGUACUCUAUCAAGCCUAUUAGAGUCAGGGUCAAUGACUGACCUCAGAGCAGAUGUUAGUGUAGCUUUGAGGUUUCUGGUUUAUUUUACACACCUGUCACUGAGUCUGAAGGUCAACAUGUUAUUUUGUACGGCUUGUCGAUGACUUGUCUCUUUUACAAUGUAGGGAAGUGACUUUUUUUUAUUUUGAAACAAGUUAUGAAUCCAACCAGUGCUUCAAUAUUACUUUUUGUCAUUGUUUUCCACUAUAUUGUUCGACAAACAGUACAUUUGUUAGAGGCAUUGUAUUUCAUUAUUCCAAUAAAACAUUUAAUACAGGAAAUUAUUUGAGCACAAACUGAUUUUCCUACAUGUGCCAAAACCACUGAUUUAGGAUUGAGAAAUGUAUAUAAUGGCACCCUGUUCCCUAUGUAGUGCACUACUUCUGACCAGAACCCAAGUACUGCACUACACAGGUAAUGAGUUCUAUUUGGGACGCACACAUAGAUAACUGUGAUUCUUUUUGAUUGUUGAUUUCUUGUAUUCACCUUCAAUAAUACAGUUGAGUUCAGUAUUGACUUGUAGCAUACAAUUGCAGUGGUCGGUCACGUGUACAUGGAUUUUCAAUAAAUUACAGAAUAAAAUGAUUUUCUUUGUCAA